AUGAGUCUCGACACACUUCCUAAUGAGAUCCUUUGUCUUCUUCCCCUCUACAUCGAUAACAUUGAGACCUUCACCAACGCAGCAGCAUCAUGUCGCAGACUCCGUGAUUGCCUAUACACAGCACACCCCAACACCAUCCUCCGGCUCGCUGCCGCCUCAGCCCCCACAUUCUUCUCUCCCCACCCUCAUUUCCUCGUCGCUGCCACGGCCCGCCAAGUCAGUGACUGGGCAUUAGGAAAUGAAACACGUACAUCCGACCUUCGCGAAGCCUUCCAAGGUGGAAUCGACAGCCUCUACGAGUUGUGCCUCCAACACGCAGGCCUAACGCUAGAAGACAUCCGAAGAACACAUCUAGCGCGGUUCUCGACCAUUAACCCUCUCUCGGACAAGAUCGACAAGAUGGCCGGUAGGCAGUGGUACUCUACGCCGAACUUCUGGGAUGGUGGAGUGAGCGAACCUUACACCGUCGCUACGGAGCCAGAUCGGGCUACCUUCCAAAUUAUCACCUACGGGGAGUUGUUUGGGCGAAGCAUGGACGCCUUUCUGCAGCCGGAAAAGAAUCUCCCCUAUUUCGAUCUACGAACACGGAUCGAGUACUUCACCUAUUGUCUCCCCGAUUGGGUCUGUUCUAGUUACCCCGGGUUUACAAGAUUGUCGACCGGUCCGUAUGCGCCGCAUCUUGAAAGACCGAGCCAAGGAGACCAGACGGCGAUGCAUCAUAUUUUGCAUUGUGGUCGAUGGAGGCGCAUGUGGGCCGCUGCCAUUCGGUCGGUCCUGGGCGAUGACAAUGUGUUUACUGAUGAGAGUGAAGAGGAUGAGCCCUGGCGGAAGAGGAUGCUGCGUAAUGCGUUGCAGAGUCAGGGGCUCGAAGGGAUGCAAUUAGUGACUUUGCCCGUGGAGAAGAUGGAUCAAGAAUAUGUACACAAGGUGAGGAGGAUGAAGCAACAGAUCGAUCAGUUAAAUCAACCUCCACCAGUCGAAAUGCUGGGGAAGGGGACGCUCACCCCUGUGUCGUUUGCUCCGGACCCUCCCAAUGAUGUUGAGAUUCCAUGUAGGGACAUGUGGGGACCAUGGGCGGCAUUCAACCAAGAUGCGAUGUCAGAUGAGGACUCAGAAGACGAAUAG